AUGCCGUCCGCCAUGCUCGACGAUCCGCUCGCGCAGCCCAUCUACCGCAACUCCGGCCAGCAACCCUUCCCCGAGCCAUACGGUCCCCUCCCAGAGGACAUCACCCCUCGAGCCGUCACCCUGCGCGAUCGCGUGACCACAGCGACCCUCGUCCCAUUCUCAUCACCGCAUCAAGUGCCCCCGCACCUCACGGCUUACCUCUGCGAGCUUCUGAACCGCGAGAUCGAAAAAGGCGAUACGUACCCGAUGAUGGAGGCCAUGGCCAUGUCGGUGUUUGGGAUGUACUGGUUCGCAAACUUUGGCGCGAUUAUGAUUCUGGGAGACAUCCAGACGGUUGAGGAGGUCACGCAUAUGGAGGAGCGGGGUGUGGAUUGGGCGAAGGAGUGCUUGGGCAGCUUUUACGUCAAGCCCAACUAUCCCGGUAGGAGCAGCCAUGUUUGCAAUGGUGGCUUUCUGGUCACGGAUGCGGCUCGAAACCGCGGUGUGGGACGGCUCAUGGGGGAGGGAUAUCUUGAGUGGGCGCCGAAGCUGGGGUAUACCUACUCCGUGUUCAACCUGGUCUACGAGACGAAUGUGGCUUCGCUGCGCAUUUGGGAUGCUCUGGGCUUCAAGCGGAUUGGUCGAGUCAAGGGAUGCGGUAAUCUGAAGAGCUAUCCGGACCAACUCAUCGAUGCCAUCAUCUUUGGUCGGGAACUUGGUGGUGAGGGAGACGAGUAUGUCAGCGAGGAGCGUUUUGAGAAGAUUCGCUUCUACCUCAAGAACGGCACAUACCCCAAUGGCUCUGAUCGAGCUGAGAAGUCGAGACUUCGCUCAGCAGCCACGCACUACAGACUCGUGCCGAAUGACAAUGGCGACGGCGACGACGACAAGCUGAUGCUCAAGGGCAAAGAGGUCAUUUCUGAUCCACACAAGCAAUAUGAGAUCGCGCGUAACAUGCACGUCCAAUCGCACGGUGGCAUCAACAAGACGACCGCAGCCAUCGCGGACAAAUAUCACUGGGUUCGCAUCAAGGAGACCGUUAGCGCCGCGAUCCGCAACUGCAAUGAUUGCAAAGACUCUACGACUCCCAAACCAGCAUCCACAUCUACACCCUCCACCAAAGGUCGUCCACCAACUCUCAACGCCAGCUCUUCCACUCCGUCAAGAGCCACUCCUCGACAGACUGUGAGAGCUUCUGCAGACUCAUCAGCAGACGCAGUUGGAGGUGCAUCUGACCAGGCUCAUGGGCAGAACGCCGCCCCUACUGCAUCCAUGCAAGGCCUGCAGUAUACCGACAGCAUGUCCACGGAAUAUGGCGACAUGCCCGUCGACCCGCAGAUCAUGCACAGUAUGCACGAUUGGUCCAACUCCACUACCGCUCAGCAGGCCAUGCACCUCGACUCAGGCGAUGCUAAGAGUAACGUCGCGACUCUUGAGGAGCAGGAUGAUGAUGACGACGACGACGACGACGACGACGAUACUGAUGACGAUGCCGCAAGACUCAGAGAGGAGUUGGAGAAUGCGAUCGUUUACAACAAUGGUGACAAUGACGAUGACGAGUACACCGCCACGGCGGCUUCCCAGGUGCAGCGAGCGCGGAACCGAUAG